GUUCUGUCAGUGAAGCGGUGUCUGACAGCCAGCUUCACCGGGCCAGUAGGUGCUUUACCCGGCUGAGGGAUCCGGCAGGGGUCGGUCCGAGACGGAGCAAAGGAGAAGAAAAACAAGAAGGGGCGGACUGAAAAACCGAAGCGGGGAGGUGAAGGUACAUGAGUUAUUGUUUUUCUUUUCCACUCAAGGACUCGGGGAACAUGUUUUGGCUGUGACUGGACUUAUAUGUGGGGGAUGAUAGAUAUAUAUUUUUCCCUAUUCUGCUCUUUUUACUGCGCUACUGCCUCACACCAGCUUUCCGAGCAUCGUGAAGUACCAGCCGCACUCCUGCCGCUCUGUCGCCGCUUCUCUCCCACCCUUUCAGCGGGCUCCCCGAUAAACGUGCGGGGGGGAUGCUGUGGUGUUUUUUUGCCUUCAUUUUUACAUUAAACAACGCAUCUGAACAGCGGGGGUAAACUUGGAUAAGAUCAGAAAACAACACAGAAACAGCAAGGUGAGGGGGAAACAUAUGAAGUAGAGGGGAGCAGUGUAGAGCGGGCACAAGGAGCAGGAGGAGAGGGAGGAGAGGAGGAGUCGCAGCAGGAGGAGAACCAAAACCUGCAGGUUUGUUGAGCUUGUGGAGAUGAGGACGAGGAGGGACGUAGCACAUCCAAGGUGUCACUGCGAUUAGAAGAAAAAAAAGGGGAGCAAGAGCGGACGGGAGGAACUAAAGGCCAGGUUGUUUCCAGUGAUGGCGGGUACAGGCACCGGGGUUCCCGCUCUCCCUCAGCCGACUGCAGCCUUAUCAGCAACCGCAGCAGCAUGAGGAGGAGGAGGUUGUGAAGUUCCAUUUGUGCCAAGAUUACAGAACUACAUGCACACCAUCCAGAUUUUAACCUUGUUCCAAGCUACAUUGGGGGAUUCAAACCUCCACCGGGAGGCUCACUCCAACCCAUCUGCCACCUCUGAUAACCCUCUGAUUGUUGACAACCACAUGUUUGAGGUGACUGUAUGUGACCGCCGCCGCCCAUUCUCGAGCAGCAGCAACAGCCUCCUGCAACCCCAACCUGCAUCAUGCAGUGGAGACGGCGGCACUGCUGUCCCAUCAAGAUGACCUGGACCGUCAAGCGUUCCCUCUUUCGGACCCAUGUGGCUGGUCUCCUCUCGCUGGCCCUGCUCUUCACCAUCUUCUUAUUUUUCAGCCACCAAGACUGGCUACCAGGGCACAGUGGGCCUCGCGAAAACCCGCUUGCGUAUACCAUCAGGGGCGUCCGCAGCCCCAAGGGAGAGGCGAACCAGAGCAACUCCCUGAGGGGCCUCUGGAGGGAGACAGGGAAUGUAGCACCAAAGCCUCUCCUCAACCUCAGCUCUCAGCAGGCUGAGGGGGCAGCAGGAGAGGCAGCAGGUGGAGGAGGAGGAGGUGGAGGUGGAGGAGCCAGGGCGGGUGUAAUGGGGUUGGGGGACACCAUGAGUACUAACAACACUUUAGAGAAGGAGAUGGGUGUAGGUGGGAGGCUUAGUGCUCAACCCUAUCGAUACAUCCUGAAUGAGCCCUUCAAGUGCAAGGACAGUACACCCUUUCUCAUCCUUCUCAUCGCUGCAGAGCCAGGACAGGCCGAUGCCCGCAAUGCAAUCCGCCAGACGUGGGGAAAUGAGAGCGUGGCAAUGGGCCUGGGGUUUGUCCGUCUUUUCCUACUUGGCACAGGAAAGAGCACGGACACCUUCCUUCAGAGCAGCAUCGAGGAAGAGAGCCGCGUUUACCACGAUAUCAUUCAACAGGACUAUCAGGACACUUACUACAACCUGACCAUCAAAACUCUGAUGGGCAUGAACUGGGUAGCUACCUAUUGUCCACAUGCUUCCUAUGUGAUGAAGACAGAUAGUGACAUGUUUGUCAAUACAGAGUAUCUCAUCCAGAAGCUGCUGAAACCCGAGAUGCCUCCCAAGCAGAGGUAUUUCACUGGCUACCUGAUGAGGGGAUAUGCACCAAACCGAAACAAAGAUAGCAAGUGGUACAUGCCACCAGAGGUGUAUCCAAGCGAGCGCUACCCGAUAUUCUGCUCAGGCACGGGGUACGUGUUCUCAGGGGACAUGGCCGAGCUGAUCUACCAGGCCUCACUCAGUAUACGCAGGCUGCACCUGGAGGAUGUUUACGUGGGGAUCUGCCUGGCGAAGCUGCGCAUUGAACCAGCACCCCCUCCCAACGAGUUCCUAUUCAACCACUGGCGUGUGUCUUACUCCAGUUGUAAGUACAGCCACCUCAUCACAUCCCAUCAGUUCCAUCCCAAUGAACUCAUCAAGUACUGGAACCACUUGCAAAGCAACAAGCACAACGCCUGCAUCAACAUGACCAAGGAAAAGGGCGGCAGGCACAGACACCGGAAGUUUCAUGGAGAGAGGCCUCCAUGAGGGAUCCUAUGAUUAUUACCUGCCUCAAACAAAAAAAAAGAAAAAAAAGAAGUCACUGUAACUACAGACAGUGAAGGGCAUGUUGAACUCAGCACUCUACACUAUAUGGGGAAAAGCACAUUGUUUUUGGUAUUGUGUACAGUUGAUCCAAACUAUUUUUUUAAUUAAAAAAAUUAUGUAUUGUAAACCUAUCGAGCUAUUUCCAAAAGGGGGAAUGGGGGACAUUUCUGUGUGAAGUGGAGCAUGCGCAAAUAAAAGCUGCAGCUCAGGAGUUUAUGAUAAUUCAGGUGCCAACGGAAAGGUGGUAAUUUAUGCUCUUCUCUAAAGGGUAGUACAGUAUGUCACAUUCUAUGAAUACUCAAAAAAAAAGAGAAAAACAUUAAGACACAGUUGUGUUUACAAAGACAAAGGGAAAUGUACAUGUACUAUGUCGAAAAGUUACACUACCUAAAUAUGAAUGAAUGAUAUGAAUCUUUGACGUUGACCAGUUAUGCUGCCCUGUUUCUCAGUGUUUACUUUCCAGAUCUAUCAAUGAAUAUCACUCUAAAGAGAAGGUUUAUCUGUCAUAUACUGUAUUUAUUUAAAACAAUGAACAUGAAAGCACCCAGAAUCACAUCAGAGAUGACUGAGAUUGUAUUUUUUAAAAGCUUUACAUUGACUAUGACUGCACUUGAGCAAAUGUGCAAUGAAUCAGUUAACGAUUAAAUGUACCAAAUUCA